GUCCACCAAACUUUUCCACAAGUUGGCGCAGGCGUGUUUUCGAAUAUAUUUCUAGCUGAAGCUUCAAACGAUUAUUGUAUCAGUCGCUUCCGCAAAGCGAUCAUGAGCGAUUCGAAACGUAUUCUAAUAAAUACCGAAUUCGAAAACUGCAAUGACUAUAGUAUACAAUUAAAUCGAUGGUUCCUCCUGUCGCUCGGUGCUUGGCCGCAGGCAGGCGCGUCAAGCAGAAUAAAAAAAUUCGUGGUGUCGAUGCAAAUCUUUAUAUUUUCAACCGCGGUAGCGGUUAUUACAAUACCAUGCGUAUUGUACGUGUGGUUCGAGAAAGAAGACAUUGAGAUUAAGUUAAUAACUCUCGUUCCGCUGAUUCACAGAACCAUGGGAUCCAUAAAUUACUGGAUAUUACUCACGCGUAAAAAGGACAUUCAUCAUUGCAUACGGCACAUGGAGACGGAUUGGGAAUUCAUUCGGAGAAUCGACAAUCGCGAAGUGAUGCUGCAAUAUGCGAAGAUCGGCCGCUUCAUGGCCGGAUUAUGCGCGAUAUUCAUGCACGGCUGCACGUUUGCCUUCACCGCUGUCAGAGCGAUGAAAGUAACUGUCACUGUCGGCAAUGAAACUUUCAAGAUGUAUCCGAUGACGUGUCCAAUGUACAGUAAAAUCAUUGACGCGAGAUUUAGCCCUGCGAACGAGAUCCUGCUGAGUAUACAAUUGUUGUCGGCGUUUGUGGUAGCUUCCUCUACAGUGGCUAUUUGCAGUCUCGCUAUCGUCUUCGCGAUGCACGCCUGUGGUCAGCUGAACGUAUUGUAUAUGUGGUUGAGCGAGCUUGCUGAAGAAGAGAAAAUUGAUGAAGCAGAACAAAAAUUAGCUGUUAUUGUGGAGCAUCAUUGGAGAAUCCUCAGUUUUGUAGCACAAAUAGAAAGUAUUAUGCAUAAAGCCUGUCUAGCAGAAUUAAUGGGAUGCACGUUGAAUAUGUGUUUACUUGGAUAUUACUCUAUCAUGAAUUGGGCUGCAUUCGAUGCAGUAAAAAUAUUAUCAUAUAUCAUUACAUAUGUGUCGAUGAGUUUCAAUAUAUUUAUAUUUUGUUACAUCGGUGAAGUUCUCGCGGAACAGUGUAAAAACGUUGGAGAAAUAGCAUAUAUGACCAAUUGGUAUAAAUUGCCUCGUAAAACAGCGCUCAGUCUCAUUUUAAUAAUCAUGCAAUCGAGUCACAUCGUCAAGAUAACUGCAGGAAAGUUAUUUCAAUUAUCCAUAUCAACCUUCGGCGAUAUAAUCAAAACUUCCUUGGCAUAUUUAAAUAUGUUACGUACAAUAAUUAACAGGGUCAUGGGGUCGAUAAAUUAUUGGGUGUUGCUCAAACGCAGUGAUGAUAUUUGGCAAUUAAUGCAACAUAUGGAAGCAGAUUGGAGGAACAUUCAAAAGAUAGACGAUCGCGAAGUGAUGCUGAAUUACGCCAAGUUCGGUCGUUUCAUCACUGUAAUCUGUGGGGUAAUCAUGCAAGGAGGUACAUUUCUAUUCAGUUUAGCCAGGGCGAUGAAAACGGCAACCAUUAUCGUCAACAAUCAGACUUUUACGACACACCCGAUGACAUGUCCAAUCUAUAGCAAAAUCAUCGAUACGAGAUUCAGUCCUGUAAAUGAAAUCGCGUUGGUUGUACAGUUUUUAUCAACGUUCGUAGUGAGUUCUUCUACCGUCGGUGCAUGUAGCUUGGCUGCUGUCUUUGCGAUGCACGCCUGUGGUCAAUUGAAUGUGCUAUACGCGUGGCUACGAGAUCUCGUUGAGAACCAAGAAAAGGAAAAUCAUGCUGAAAAAGAGAUGGCAACUGUUGUCGAGCAUCAUCUAAGAAUAUUGAGGUAUCUAAACAUAGGUAGCUCGCCGAUCAUAUUUAACUACAUAAAGAACAAAGAAUACAGCAUACAGCUGCUUCGUUGGCUACUGAAGCCGAUAAGUGUCUGGCCGGUAACAAAUUCGUCCAUCGCGGAUAGGAUCUUGUCGGUGGUGUUGCUAAUAUUAUGCACUUUUUUGAUCAUCGGCACCUUGGUGCCUUGCGCAUUGGCCAUCUUUUUCGAUGAGACCAAAGAUCUGGAGAUGAAAAUACGCGAUUUCGGGCCGCUCAGCAAUUGGAUGCUGGCAAGUCUCAAAUAUACCUCAUUGCUGACGCACGUCGGCGACAUACGCCGAUGCAUCGAUUAUAUCGAGGCAGAUUGGCGGGCCGUGACAAAGUUCGAGGAGCAAGAGAUGAUGUUGAAUAGUGCCAGGAUCGGUCGUUUCAUUGUCAUAUUCUCCGCAUCGUUCGUUCAUAGCGGCGUAUUCUCGUACAGCAUCUUCCGAGGCAUGACGAUGGACAAGUCUGGCGUUGAAGACGACAACGUGUCGGCGCGCUCGUUGCCUUUCGCAUUCUACGAUAAGAUUCUGGACACCACGAUAAGUCCAAUGUACGAGAUAGUGUUUGCAAUACAGUUUUUAUCCACGUUCGUCGUUAAUUCCGUUGUGGUAGCCGCCUGCAGUAUUACUGCUGUUUUCGUGCUACAUGCAUGCGGUCAGUUAAAAAUUCUCAUGUCUUUACUAGAUAAUUUCACUGACGAAAGAAACGAAAAGAAAGACUCUAUCCAAAAAUUUUCUGUCAUCGUUGAGCAUCACUUAAGAAUUCUCAGUUUCGUGUCUCACAUAGAGAAAAUUACGAAUAUAGUUUGUCUCAUUGAAAUAGUAGGAUGCACGCUACAUAUGUGUCUCUUGGGUUAUUAUUGUAUACUGGACUGGAAUCAAGAUGAAAAACAAGGCGUAGUGGCAUAUGGUAUAAUACUGAUCUCAGUUACUUUCAACAUCUUUAUAUUUUGUUAUAUCGGAGAGAUGCUUUCAGAACAGUGCGGCCAAGUUGGUGAAACUGCCUACAUGACAAAUUGGUAUUUGUUACCUGGAAACACUGCUCUCGAUUUUGUGUUGAUCAUUUUAAAAUCCAGCAUCACAGUGAAAAUUACUGCUGGGAAGAUGAUUGAUCUUUCUCUUUCUACUUUCGGUAAUGUAAUUAAAUCCGCGUUAGCGUAUUUAAAUAUACUUCGUACUCUUAUUAUAUAA